AUGACGAGUAUGGGACCGUCUUUUGCAGGUCAUCCUGCCGGCAUGCAACAACAUCCAGGUGUUCCAGGCCAUCCUAUGGCUCAGGGGAUGCCUCACAACCCGGGUCAGCAAGGCCCGCCGGGCGGAGGAAUGCCUCACCAGAUGCAUAUGGCGGUGUCAGGGCCUGGUGGUCAGGUUAAUCCAAACCAGUUGAUGGGCGGUAUGCCGCCGGGUGCUGGUGGUCCGAACGCUCACGCUCUGCAGCAUCUCAAUCCUGCCCAGAACCCAAUGUUCCAACAGAACCAGUUCGCCAACUACAACAACCCAGCCGCGAUGGCGCAUGCCACCCAGAUCGCACAGCAGCGGUUAUUCCAGCAGCAGCAGCAAGCACGGCAAGCGCUCAUGGCGCAACAGGCCUUCAACGCGAACAUGGCCGGCGUCAAUGGCAUGCCGAUGGGCAUGCAGAUGAACCCCAUGAACGCCGCCCAACUUGCAGCUAUGCGGCAGGGCAUGCGACCGCAGGGACACAACCCUCAGGCACAAGCGAUGCUCGCCCAGCAGAUUGCUCUCCAACAGCAGCAGAUGCAACAGCAGGGUCAACAGCAGGGCCAGCCGGUCCAGAUGAACCCCCAGCACAUGCAGCUUCAGCAGGCCCAGCUGGCUGCUUCGUUACAGGCCCAGCAGCAGCAACAACAGCAACAGCAACAGCAACAGCAAGCUCAGCAGCAGCAACAACAGCAGCAACAGGCUCAGCAGCAGGCUCAACAGCAACAGGCCCAGCAACAGCAGGCUCAGCAACAGCAGGCCCAGCAGCAACAACAGCAACAGCAGCAGCAGCAACAACAACAGCAGCAGCAACAACAACAACAGGGUCAGCCUCAGGGCCAACCGCAGCAGCCUCAGCCGCAACCUCAACAGACGCCUCAUCAGACACCGCAGCAGCAACCCGCGCAGCCCGUUAACCCUCAGUCUGCCGGUCAGCCUACGCCAUCUCAAACUCCCGGGCCUGCUCCGAACCAGCAGCCGCAGCCUCCUCAGGCACAGGCCCAGCCUCAAGGUCCUCCCCAAAUGUCUGCUCAGCCUGGGCCUCAACAGAUGAACCCUGCGCAGCAGGCCGCUGCUCAGGCUGCUGUUGCCAACAAUCUUGCUUUGGCUCAGCAAAGAAGGGAAGGGAUGAAGGGGCACUGCCUGCUUAAGCUGAUGCAAUUUAGCGAGCACCUGAGCGGCUUCCCCGGUUCCAAGGGCAAGGACGACCUGUCUUACUGGAAUAGCUUCGUCAACCAGUUCUUCUCCACAAAGGGUGUUUUCCGCCACUCGGUACACAUUACGGAUGUCGAAGACCAGGCAGAUAAGCAAUACGAAAUCACAUAUCCCGCUCUGCCGCGAUACUUCCACACACACUUUGACAGUGGUGUGAAGAACAUGCAGUUGAUCAUGGAAAAGGGAACUACCGACAGACCACUUCCAGGCGAUGGUCACUGGAUCGAGAACACAAAGUCGAGUCUCGUUUAUUGGUUCGAGAGCGGCUCGCACCUCGUUGCAACGGGAACCGUCAGAGCGCACUUUGAUGCGGAGCAGAAGAUUGAGCUGUUUGAGUUUCUGACCAGCAACCACGAAGAGUACAUUUCUCGAAAGGCCGCCAUCGAAGCUGCAAAGCCUAUACACAAUUGGGUCAAGGAGUGGCACAAGGUCAACUCCCAAGAUAGCAAGGCUUCGCCGGAAAUGAGCAAGAAGGGCAAGGCCCGUCCCAUGAAGUCUCCGCAAAAUCCUCCGCCGGAGGCGCUUGUGGACCUCCCAGAGUCGGCGGUCAAAAGGGGUAUGGGUGUUACCGAAGCCGUCUUCCAGUUCCUCGAGAUUGCUGAAGUGAUCGGUCAAAUGAACCCACUAUUCGCCUUCUACCACACCCACCCUAACCUCGGCCCGUACGCUGCCCUGGAGCAAUACGUCAGUCAGAUCAACGCCGUGCCUGCAAAUAUGAACGGUCAGCCCAUGCCUCAGGGCCCGAGGACGCCCAGCUUCGGCCAGUUCCCCAUGGGUGCGAGCCCAGCACAGCCGCACAUGCAGCUACCUGGGUCGCCUCAUGUCCAAGGCAGCCCUGCUCAAGGUCAUAUGCAGGCACCCGGCAUGCAGAUGCAGCAGAGCCAGCAAGGCACCAGCUCCAGCGGGCCCAGUGCAAACACGUCUCCAGCUUCCAACAAGCGAAGACGCCCAUCUGGUGUCAAGAUGGAGGAGGACGGCUCACAGGCCCCGACCCCGGGCGGCCCCCAAGUCAAUGGGGUCCAGAACAAGGGCAAGCCGCCUACACCGCGGAUGGCGAAGAGGAUGAAGGGCAACCCGGCAUGA